AUGAAUAUUGAUCAACAAACAUUACAAGAUGAUAAAUUAAUUGGAAAUGAAAAUUUUGGUUUGAGUAUUAUUGCUGAAACCGAAGAAGAUUUACAAUUAUUUCAAGAAAUUUGUUUAAAAAAUUUUUUACCAAUAUCAAAAAAUAAUUGUCAUACAUCAUUACAAUGUAAUCAAUCUAUGAUUGAUUAUUAUUUAACUACAGGUGUUAAUUAUUUACGUAGUGAAUAUGUAAUGAUUAUUCUAUUAAAAAAUGUUCAAUAUACUGAAUUAUCAUCAUUAUCAUAUGAAAAAGAAUUUUCAUUAAAUAAUAAAUUAUAUAAAUAUUAUUUACGAAUUUUAAUUCAAAAUGUUAAUGAAUCAAAAGAAGAACUUGUUACUAAAAUUCUAUAUAAUCUUCUUGGUGAAAUAUUUAUUACUAAUCAUGAUGAUCAUGCAUCUAUUCCAUCGUUACCUGCUCCAAAACAACCUCAAUUUGUAUCAAUUUCAUCUUAUAGUCAAAUUGCUUGUUGGCCUUUACCACGUCGACGUGAUUUAAAGCGAUUUCAACAAGAUUUAGGUGUUACUCAUAUACUUACAUUAUUAAAUGAUAAUGAAAUAAAUCAAACAAAUAUUUGUAAUUAUAUCAAAUCGGCAGAUAUUGAAUCAUUACAUAUACCAAUUGCAGGUGCUGAACUUUCAAUAUUUACAUCAUCUCAAGCAACAAUUGAUAUACUUAUUGAACGAUUACCUGCAAUUCGUAAUCUUCUUUUAAAUAGUACAAUAACAAAACCGGUUAAAAUGAUUAUUCAUUGUGCAGCUGGUUUACAUCGAACUGGUACUAUUACAUAUUUACUUUUAAGACUUUGUCAUUUUACUAGUGAUCAAGCAUUAUUGAUAAUUAAUAGAACAAGAGCUAUAACAGCAAGACAAGUUGGACAAAAAAGAAUCAAUGCGGCUGAAUACAAUCUUUUGACAAAAUUCCAAUAA